AUGGCGAAAAAUCCAUAUAUUCAGAGAUGUCAAAAGAAACCAGGUAUGUUAUUUUUCAGCAGUCCCAUACAGUUGUUUAAUUCUUCAGAUUUUACGCAGGAGACUUUCCGUGGCUACCCGUUAGAACAAAUAGUAUGUUACUUUUGCUCUCUUUUUGAGUAACGCUCAUCUGCUGCCAUUCAAAAAAGACUUUGUUGGCAUCUCGCAAUUGCUUAUUCAGUUUUUCUAUAACUGUGUUGUAGUUUUGUAAUUUUUAGUAGUAAUUUCUUCUUAGUUGAACGAGCCUGUGACUCCUUAGACUUUCACCGGAAAAUGCGCAUGCACCUUGAUAGACAAGAGGAAGUUAGCAGACGUCAGCAGUUAAAGUAUCAUCUAGAAGGUGCACGUUCUGUGUACAUGUUACGCAAAGCAAUUAAGUGGCAGAACUGUUGUUUACAGCUAGAACCGCUAUUUGUAUCAUAUCACAAAUAAGCCUAUUAAAAACCGAGAAUAAGUUCUUUCUAUCAAGCCUGUCUUCGUUGGCUGAUGAAGGAAUGCGCUUCGGUGCUAAAUCUACGACUUCUCAAUACAGCAGUUAGCUUUGAUUUCUUUGUUUGAAAAGUUCUCGUUCAAAAUGGUUCAGUCUGCUUUAUCGUGCGUACUACUGUUCUACAGUGUGUACAGGAAACGUAUUAUCGUCUAUUAAAAGCACUGCUUGCUUUUUUUGUUUAAUUGGUAUAACUAUCCUCCUUCGGCACAUUUUAGGGGAUUGUUAACUUACUGACUUCCUCAGUAAAAGAACUACCAGGUAACAGGCUUCAGGAAACUUUGUUCAGCUUUAACUUCUUUUCGUGCACGCGUGGAUUGCCGGGUAUAGAGUGUGUAUUAUUUCUAUCUGAGUUGGGAAAAGUUCGUUCUUUUAAAUUCGUCUGCUUGCGGUGUCGACCGGUCCAUACGGACUGAAUGUUGAAAUGUGGUCGGUCUAGGACCCACUGAAGAUGUCGCUGAAAGUCAAAUAAUUAGUACGCUGUUUGGGCGUAAAACUGAUUAACGUCUCUCAACGGAAAGCUAAAUGUUUCCGAUUGUAUUUAGUAGGGUAUGAGCCAGCCGUUUAGGACCAAAAAGCGCAAUAACGCCGAUUGGAGUCUAGGGUCUUUUCAGCCGAUGUGUGAUUGGCUGAUGGCUGUAACUAUGCCAGUAAUGGCAUUCAAGCUUCCUUCCUUUUAUUUUCGUGGUCCUUCGAGACUUAUGUUAAUUAAAUUAUACACAGCAAAUCUCACUGCCAGCCAAUGUGAAUAAUUUUAUCAGCAUAUAUCGUCUGUUUUUACAUAGUACUUUGCACCUGGAAUUUCUGCAGCCUAUGCCAACAGAAACCGUUGAUAAUCAAUUUUUCUGGACUUCGUUGUUUGUUCUCUGCUAAAGUGGGCCGAAGGGCUGCUGAGAACGUUUGGCAUAUUGUUUCGCUUCUGGGUGCUAGAUUGUUAACUCACCUGACUCCUAUUGACUUCACACUGCCUGCUAAAUACAAGGUUCUCUGCAUUGACCGAAGAACAUCAACGCUGAACCCGCCGUCCCCUAAUGUACCCUCAAGACACUGCUUGCUUGAUUAUAUCAAGGAGCCGCUUCGCAUUUUGGUCACUGAGUCUCUCUCCUUCAACCCACUAAACCAAUUUUUCAUCUGUGAAAUUGCCGACGGUUUCCGUUUCCCCGGGGUGAGUUGA